AUGCUACGCACCCCAGGCCUCUCGCGCCUAUUCUCCAUCUCUACGAGAAUGGCUUCCGCCACACCCAUGGAGGAUGCCAUGCGCGACAAGCUCGCGCACGCCUUCACGCCCUCAACACUGAUCAUCCGUAACGACUCGCACAAGCACGCGCACCAUGCCGCGAUGCAGGGGUCUACGUCGAGGGAGACACACUUCCAGUUCGUCCUUCUCUGCUCAUCCUUCUCUGAAAUCACAAAGACUAAUCGGUUGUUGAUGAACUACAGUGUCACCGUCACCUCCGAGGCCUUCCGCUCGAAGCCGCAGCCUGCGCGGCAUCGUAUGGUCUACGCGCUGUUCAAGGAGGAGAUGAGUCGCGAGAAUGGACUUCACGCGCUGCAGCUUAAGACGAGGACGCCGGAGGAGGAGCAACGGGACCAGGAGAAGUCAUCAUAG